AUGGCGAAUCGCGCUGGAUCGUCUAGACGUGUUCCUGAAAAUGAAGCUGCAAUUUCUUACGUACAAUGCGAUGGAUUGGCGGUGAUGAAAAUAGUUAAGCACUGCCAUGAAGAAUCAUGCAGCAACAUGGAAGUGGCUCAAGGAGCCCUCCUCGGUCUAGUUGUAGAGAACCGUCUAGAGAUCACCAAUUGUUUCCCAUUCCCCAAACAUGAUGAUACUAUGGAUGAAGAGGAAUACCAGCUGGACAUGAUGCGCAGAUUGAGAAGAGUUAAUGUUGAUCAUUUUCAUGUGGGAUGGUACCAAAGCGCUGAUGUUGGCAACUUUUUGAGUCAGUCCCUUUUGGAGUCCCAGUACCAUUACCAGACUUCAAUCGAAGAGAGCGUGGUUGUCAUAUAUGAUACUAAGAAGUCUAACAGAGGAUUCCUCACAUUGAAGGCAUACCGUCUCACUCCUCAGGCCAUAGCCAUGUACAAAGAGGGAGAUUACACGCCAGAAGCCCUACGCAACCUGAAGAUUGGUUAUGAAAGUCUUUUCAUUGAAGUGCCCAUAGUGAUUCGUAACUCACCUUUAACUAACAUUAUGAUGUCCGAGUUGUCAGAGAUGAUUCCAGAGGAGGAUGGCUCCAAGUUCCUGGAUUUGGGAACUGCGUCUGUACUUGAAGGUCAAUUGCGAAGCUUAAUGGAGCGCGUUGACGAAUUAAACCAAGAAGCUAUUAAGUUUAACAGAUACCAACAGUUGGUAGUCCGUCAACAACAGGACAAACACCGUUGGCUCCUCAAGAGAGCCCAAGAGAAUGCUGCAAGGGCUGCCAAAGAUGAACCGGCUCUACCCGAUGAAGAUGUUAACAAACUCUUCAAACCUCUGCCCGUUCCACCGAGACUCAACCCGAUGAUUGUGGCCGGCCAAAUUAAUACCUACAGCCAACACAUAAGCCAGUUCUGCUCUCAGGGUCUCGCUAAGGUCUACCUGACGCAAGCCUUACAAAACGCGAAGGAGUCUAAGCAAAACACCACAUAG